ACUAUGAAUUCAGCCACCCUCUUCUCCAUUCUUCAGUUUAAUGGAGGCUCCGAAAUCCUCCGUGCGCCCCUCUUCCGGCCCUCUCCUCUCGCUCUCCGCCUUCGUCAAUCGGCACUCCGCGCGUUUCGGUGCCGAGCUCUCUAGCCGAUUGGAUGAAGCCCAGCGUUUUUGCUCUAAACUAGCUUCCAACUUCCCCGUUCUACCACCAUCGCCAAAGGUUGUAAGAAGCCAUUUGCAGUCGGCGCAUUCGUCUUUACCAUUCGCUUCAGUGUCUCAGAAACCCAGAGAAGGUAAUGAAAUGAGCUCCGAACGUGUUUCUAAAGCGCUGCUAGGAACUUCAGUGUACACCGUCAGCAACGCCAACAAUGAGUUCGUGCUCAUUUCCGACCCCAAUAGCACUAAAUCCAUUGGAUUGCUUUGCUUUCGCGAAGAGGAUGCAGAUGCAUUUCUAUCUCAGGUGCGGUCCCGGAGGGGGGAAGUUAAAGGCUCGGUCAAGGUCGUACCUAUUACUCUUGAUCAGGUCUAUAUGUUGAAUGUUGAAGGAAUUGCAUUUCGGUUUCUCCCUGAUCCUGUUCAGAUAAAGAAUGCUUUAGAGCUAAAACCUAAAAGUUCUACAAGCGGAUUUGAUGGAGUCCCUGUUUUUCAGUCAGACCUCCUCGUUGUGAAAAAGAAAAGAAGGCGCUACUUGCCCAUAUUCUUCAGGAAGGAAGAUAUAGAGAAAGAAUUGUCAACUGUCGCCCGGGCAUCAAAAGGAGGAUACAGUGCUUCCCAACACAUACUGGUUGGGAGCCUGGAAGAUGUAUUGAUAAAAAUGCAGAAAAGCGAAAAGAACUCGGGUUGGGAAGAUCUAAUUUUUGUUCCACCUGGUAAAAGCCAUUUACAGCAUAUACAAGACAUAGCAAAGUCAUAGUGCCUUUGGCGUAUGAGGUAGUCCAGAAGCUGUUAUAUUGUGUGAUCAAGGCCUAUAUAGUAUGAAGAGCAAAUGUGGACAGUUUCCAACUGGAAGGAUAGUGUACUAGUGAAGGUUGCUUCAAUCCUUCCCCUAGCUCUCACUAAUUUAAGAUGAUUCAUAUGUGCCUAUAAUUAAUUCCUUUAUCUUUUGGGCAAUCCCAGACAAGCCAAUAAUGGUACAGUAUGGUUUAGGAUUUACGAAACAGAGAAAUGUAAAUGAUAAGUUGCUUCAAUCCUUCCCCUAGCUCUCACUAAUUAAAAUGAUUCAUAUGUGCC